AUGUCGAAUGCCGUGAACCGGAUACGCGGGGCCCUCGCGCCCCCGCGGAAGGGUGAGACGUUCGAGUUGCGCGCUGGGCUGGUUUCCCAGUAUGCUCACGAGCGCAAGGAGGCAAUCCAGAAGACCAUCAUGGCCAUGACGCUUGGCAAGGAUGUGUCUGCUCUGUUCCCCGAUGUCCUCAAGAAUAUCGCAACAUCGGAUCUGGACCAGAAGAAGCUGGUGUACUUAUACCUGAUGAACUACGCCAAGUCCCACCCGGACCUGUGCAUUCUCGCCGUCAACACAUUCGUACAAGACUCCGAAGACCCGAACCCCCUAAUCCGAGCCCUCGCUAUCCGAACAAUGGGCUGCGUUCGCGUUGAUAAGAUGGUGGACUACAUGGAGGAACCGCUGCGCAAGACCCUUAGAGACGAAUCGCCCUACGUUCGCAAGACCGCUGCCAUUUGCGUUGCCAAGCUUUUCGAUUUGAACCCAACCAUGUGCAUAGAGAACGGAUUUCUCGAGACUCUGCAGGAGUUGAUUGGAGACCCCAACCCCAUGGUGGUAGCCAACUCGGUCCAGGCGCUUUCCGAGAUCAGCGAGACAGCCCCUGAAACGAGGGCCCUCAUCAUCACACCUGCCACCUUGAAAAAGCUUCUCAUGGCGUUGAAUGAGUGCACGGAAUGGGGCAGAGUUACAAUUCUGACGACCUUGGCCGAUUAUCCUGCGUCCGAUGUUAAGGAGUCAGAGCACAUCUGUGAAAGGGUCACCCCCCAGUUCCAACACGUCAACCCCAGCGUUGUCUUGGCUGCCGUCAAGGUUGUUUUCAUCCACAUGAGGAUGCUCAGUCCAGAGUUGGUCAGACAAUAUCUCAAGAAAAUGGCUCCUCCUUUAGUUACCCUCGUUUCCUCCGCCCCGGAAGUCCAGUAUGUUGCCCUGCGAAAUAUCGACCUUCUUUUACAAGCAAAGCCCGACAUUCUCAGCAAGGAAUUGAGGGUAUUCUUCUGCAAAUACAACGACCCCCCCUAUGUCAAGCUCCAAAAACUCGAAAUCAUGGUCAGGAUUGCGAACGAGAAGAACUAUGAGCAGCUCCUUUCGGAACUGAAGGAAUAUGCCUUGGAAGUGGACAUGGACUUUGUGAAGAGGGCAGUCAAGGCCAUUGGUCAGGUCGCCAUCAAGAUUGAGGCGGCCAGCGAGAAGUGCGUUGCGGCCCUUCAGGACCUGAUCUCGACAAAGGUCAAUUACGUGGUCCAAGAGGUUAUUGUUGUCAUCAAGGACAUUCUCCGGAAAUAUCCAGGAUACGAGGGUGUCAUUCCAACUCUUUGCAAGUACAUCGAUGAGCUGGAUGAGCCAACAGCACGCGGAUCCUUGAUCUGGAUCGUUGGAGAGUAUGCGGAAAAGAUCAACAAUGCGGACGAAAUUCUAUCAGGAUUCGUUGACGUCUUUGAGGAGGAGUUUACACAGACACAGUUGCAGAUUCUCACAGCUGUGGUGAAGUUGUUCCUCAAGAAGCCCAGCAACAACCAGGGCCUGGUGCAAAAGGUGCUGCAGGUGGCAACAGGGGAUAGCGACAACCCGGAUAUUCGGGACCGCGCUUAUAUCUACUGGCGUCUUCUUUCGGGUGAUCUCGAUGUUGCCAAGGUUUGUUUUAACAUCAUUCUCUCGCAAAAACCAGCAAUUACCACGACUGUGACCAGCUUGCCACUAGUUCUUCUCGAGCAGCUCCUCAGCGAGCUUUCGACCCUCGCCUCUGUGUACCACAAGCCACCCGAGUCGUUCGUUGGCAAGGGGCGUUAUGGUGCCGAGGCCAUCCAGCGCGCUGCCAUCCAAGAGCAACGGCAAAACCUGGCAGAGAACCCCAUCGCUGCCUCUGUUGCCGCCGCGGCAUCCAAUGGCACGGCAGGCGGCUCUCAAAACAAUAUUGAGAACCUUCUUGACAUUGACUUUGAUGGCGCCGCCCCGGCUGCGGAAUCCACUCCGGAUCGGGUGGCUAGUCCCAUGUCACCCAGUGGUCCUAGUGCGCCUCCGCCCAGCGGUGGUAUGGCUGACAUCAUGGGCUUGUUUGAUGCGCCACCGCCCACGACGACUUCGCCGGGUCCUGGGGCUGCGCCUGGUAUGGGUGGGGGGAUGAAUGAUCUGAUGAGUGGCUUUGCGGGUAUGGAUCUUAGUGGGAAUAGUGCCCCGCCACCACCCGGGCAGCAGUUGGGUCAUAAGCCGGUGGAACAGAAGGCUACGAGUGGAAGUGAUGAUUUGCUGGGGCUGUUUUAA